ACUUGACAACAUUUGAAGGUAUAAAAAUUUACAGAUUGGAUAUGCCAAUCCAUACGCUGAUUUGAUGACGGGAGAAACAAUUGGUCAGAAUGCCAAAGUAAAAAAUGGCUCGGUGGAGCAAACAUCUUUUUCAUCGCGAGAUAACGGUGUUCGUGGAAGCCAGAGGCGGCUACCAAACGAUUACAGUAAUUUUUCCGCCAAACCUACAACAGAAACGAAUAGAAUAUCUCGAAAAGGAGUUAGAUUGACAUGGAAAAGUUUAUACGUUUAUGCAGAACCUAAAACCUCCGCCUUUUCGUGUUUAAAGCGAAAGAAGGAUGAUGCACCCGUGCUGGGAAAACCUAUUUUGCAGAAUGUGAAUGGAAUAGCUGAGCCUGGAAAUGUGAUGGCAAUAAUGGGAUCCAGUGGAGCAGGAAAAUCUACAUUAUUGAAUGCUUUGACCUGGAGAAACCGUCAAAACUUAAUUAUCAAGGGAGAGAUCAAAGUAAACGGCAGAGAACUGGAAGAACAAAUCACAAAUGUAUCAGCUUAUGUUCAGCAAGAUGAUUUGUUUGUGGGUGCCAUGACUGUACGAGAACAUCUUUUGUUCAGCGCGAGACUUCGAAUGGACAGUUCAGUGUCCGAAAACGAACGACUCAGCCGUGUGAAUGAAGUUAUGGAUCAAAUGGGAUUACGUAAGUGUGAAAACACCAUGAUUGGAACUCCUGGGAAAACUAAAACCAUAUCGGGAGGAGAAAUGAAAAGACUGAGCUUUGCAGCUGAGUUGCUGACAAACCCACCGCUGCUAUUCUGCGAUGAACCAACAUCCGGAUUGGAUUCCUAUUUAGCGAAAGUUCUUGUUGAAUGUUUGCAACGAAUCGCAAAAGAAGGAUGCACGGUGUUGUGUACAAUACAUCAGCCAAGUUCUGAAGUGUUUGCAUUAUUUGACCAUGUCCUCUUGCUGGCUCUGGGAAACAUGAUUUAUCUAGGACCAAGAGAAGAAGCAAAUCAAUAUUAUGCAAGUGUUGGCUUGCCAUGUCCAAUAAACUUCAAUCCCGCUGAUCAUUUCAUAAUGGAAAUAUCGGUCAUACCUGGCAUGGAAGCAAGCUGCAAAGAAAAAAUUGCAGAAUUAGCUGAACAUUAUAAAAAUUCUGAUAACAGCAGGACGAUUGCUCGCAUGAUCGAAAAAGACUUCGGAAAUCCUGAUGAUCAUCAUGAAAUUCACAUCAAAUCAUCGCCGUAUAAAACAGGACAAUUCAAUCAAUUUCUUGCCUGCCUCGGAAGAGCAAUGAUAACAAUUUACAGAGAUCCAGUGGUGUCGAGAGUGCGAUUGGGUCAAACUAUAGUUGUGGCUUUGAUCAUUGGACUGGUAUAUCUCAGAACUCCAUUCGGAAAACCAUACGACACCAGUGAGGUUCGAAACAUAAGUGGAGCACUUUUCCUUGUCGCUAUCAACUUGACAUUUUCAUAUGUAUUUGGGGUUAUUAACGCUUUUCCGACUGAGAUCCCAUUGUUUCGAAGAGAACAUUUUAAUGGAAUGUACAGCACUGCAGCAUAUUUUUUCUCAAAAAAUGUCGCUGAACUACCAAUGUACAUCAUUUUACCUCUUAUUUACUCGGUGAUAGUUUAUUUCAUGUUAGGUCUAUACCCGGGUGCUGCUGAAUUCUUCGUAUUUUACGGUAUCUGUUUAUUAUUGGUCAGUACUUGUGUAUCUUUUGGAUACCUGAUUUCAUGUAUGUCUCCAACAGUAACAGUUGCAUUGGCCAUUGGACCCCCUUUGAUUAUGCCACUGCUGCUUUUCGGUGGAUUCUUCUUGUCUGCAGAUUCGAUACCAGUGUACUUCGUCUGGUUGAAAUAUCUGUCUUGGUUUUUGUAUACAAACGAAAUGUUGACGAUCAAUCAAUGGCAAAACGUUGGGAAUUUGACCUGUCCAUCGACUGGAGAGAAUAGUACAUCAUGUACACAAGAAACUGGGUUGAUGAUUAUCGAGGAAUUUGAUUUUCAUCCGGAAAACAUGUACAGAGAUGUUGGCUUGAUGUUCGCACUUCUUGUUGGAUAUCGUACUCUCGGAUUUCUAAUUUUGCUGUUUCGAAUGAGAGACAGCACUCGAUGAUCACUUGAGAUGUAUGAAACAUGCAUAUAAUAUUGAAUGUUUAUAGACCACAAAAAACAGCAUUACAAGGACUGUCGAACUCAGCUGAAUUCGUCAUAAUGUGAUGUGGUCUAUUGUUCAAAACUUUAGUAAAUUUAACUGUAGACUUUAGAUAAAUGUCUAGCUAGGAUAUAAGAUGCUAAUUUGGUAUACGAUUUCAAUAGUUGUACCUAUCUUAACCAAUGCGGUAUUAUUGUAUUCUACUUACUAAUUCUAGCAGCGUACUAUUUAAACGAGUAUGUUCAUCAAAAUCAAUGGUAUGCUCUGGGUUAUGAUAGAUACAUCUGCAGAGAUAGCAUACCAAACGGAACUUACCAUACUGAAUAUAUAUUAUAAUAGGUGUCAUUUACUUCUGAAUAAUAAAAUGUAUCC